CAUUUUCUACCAUUAGCAGCUGGUGCGACCUGCUGUGUUGAAGAAUAGGCUAACGUUAGCUAACUAAUCAACAUCUGACAAGUUUGAACUCAGACUCGAAGGUUUUAAACGAGAAGAUGGCGUCGAAUGGUAAGAAUACACUGGACAAGACAACGUUAUAUCUGAAAUGGCCAUUAAAAACAAAAAGCUAGCUAACGUCAGAUGAAAAGUAGCUAGCUUGCAAGCUAACGUCAGUCAGCUAACUGUGUAACGUUAUACAUAUGUUGUUUUAGAUAGCUAGCUAGCAAAGGAAACAUUUAAAAUAUUUGUAACUGUUGGCAAGUGAACUUGUCAAGUCAAACAAAAGUUAGCCAAAAUAAAAGACUGUUAACUAGUUAGAUGGGCAAAUUCGACAACCACCAUUUUGUUUAGCUGCAAACUAAUGCGUUCAACAACCAACUGAACCAAGCAAGGAGACCGGUCUGUGCUAGCUACUGACCUAGUUUUGUAGAUGUCAUCUUAUUAGCUUGGUCGCUUAGCUAACAUAUUCUAAAUAGUCGGAAUAAGAUUACUUUUAGGCAGGGGUGAAAGUAGAUUUAAUUUAUUAUCGGUACGGGACACCCAAGUGCGCGCACGCAUAUAUUUUUUUAUAGCUUACACAUAGAAGCCAUAUUCAUUAAAUACAGUGCAUUCGGAAAGUAUUCAGACCCCUUUACUUUUCCACAUUGUUACGUUACAGCCUUAUUCUAAAAUGGAUUAAAUAGUCCCCCCCCCCCCCCCCCCCAAAAAAAAAAAAAUGGAAAAAGGGUACAGGUCUGAAUACUUUCCAAAUGCACUGUAUAUGAUGUCUGUGUGCCUAGGCCUAGUAGAUAUUUGCCAUAUCACUUUUAACAUGCAAUACCUUUUAACAUAGGCGGCGCAAAGCUACAUUUCACCAUAAACAUGGACCCUUAUAAUAAAGCAUUCCAUGCAUCCUCGCAUUUACAGACUUAUGUAAGAUAGCCUACUAUUACUAAUGUGUUGAUUAGAUUGGAUAUUCAUAAUUUAGGCUAAUAUUAUAACUCAAUCACUGUUCGCAAAAAUACUAAAAUGCUGGAACCAAUAAGAUACUAGGCUACUGUUCACUCAAUUAAGUUGAGAAUUUUGAUGACUAAAAGACAGAUUGGAUUAUUUUCAUUGUAAUCUCUUUACAGCAACAGCCAUUUGCUUUCCAAACUGUUUUUCCGUGAUUGUAUUUUUAAAUAUUGCGAUAUGUCUGGCUCGCUGCUUUUCAAUGAGUCGCAACUCCACAAUCUAGGCCUAUUUGGAAUUUGCCUGGCGCGCUGUCCAAAUUGCAGGCCCUUCCGACUGUAGGCUAUGCGAUUUAAAAUAAUAAUAAAAAAGAGGGAAAAAAAGAAGCUAAUGAUCCUCUGCUGCCAAAUCAUGCUUUCUGGUGUAGUAGCCUAUUUUGAAUGAUUGUAUUUAUUUCUGUAUAGACAGGAGUAAGCUACUUAGACUAUCAUUUUGGCAAUUUAAUUCAAUUGACCUGCAAUUUGAUGAAUGGAAAGAGACACCUACGUGUAUUGUAGUGACAUUCUGCGACUGUCAUUAGGCUAACACUUGUAGCGUGAAUUUAUCCAUCAACUUUUUUCUGCACGCGCUUCGUUCUCGGCCACUCAUCUCUGUGUGUCUGGUGCAUGUCUCCGCCACUCAUCUCCACCUUGACAAAAUGUAAGUGUUCUCAUUGAACCACAAUGCAAUUUGGGGAGUGUAUACCCCCUGUUUUCCAGUCAAUUCAUACAUUUUUCAUGCGGCUGACAUGCAGUAGUGUUAAAUAAUGCUGUAAUAGCCAAUCGUUUUUUGGGCAUGUUGUAUUAAUUGUGAUAGGCUCACGUUUUACCAGUACGGCGUACCCCCACUAUUUAUUUUGCCGGAACGCCAUUAUCGCCUUACUUUCACCCCUGCUUUUAGGGAACAAAUAGCUAGCUCCUAGGAACAUACAGAGAAGGAACUGCCAGAUGUGUCGUCAUAGCCUGGAAGAAAUGCUGCAUUCAAAACCACUGGGAACUUGGAAAAAUAGAAGGUCAAAUCAUGACGUCAGUGAUCUUCAGGUCAUCCGUUGAAAUCGAUUUUUCCCAGUCAGAGCUCGUUUUUUUUCAGAGUUCCCAUUUGUUUUGAACACGGCAUAAAGCUGCACUGGAAGCCACAUUUGAAAUGGAAUACAUUGAAUACAUGGAGCAGGGUGGAAGAAAUUGCAGUAAAACACAAUGUAAAUGUAUUUUCCGAAGGGCACCAUUCAAUUAAUAGAUGAAAUGUACAUUUUUAAAAUUUUUAGUCAUUUAGCAGACACUCUUAUUCAGAGCGAUUUACAGGAGCAAUUAGGGUUAAUUGCCUUGCUCAAAGGCACAUCGACAGAUUUUUCACCUAGUCGGCUCGGAGAUUAGAACCAGCGACCUUUCGGUUACUGGCACAACGCUCUUAACCACUAAGCUACCUGCCACCCCCUAACAGAGUGCAUUUAAGUGUGUUCAGGGCCCUUCCCCUUUUCCAAAUUUUGUUACAUUACAGCCUUAUUCUAAAAUGGAUUAAAUAAAUACAAAUCCUCAUCAAUCUACACACUAUACCCCAUAAUGACAAAGCAAAAAAAAAAGGUUUUUAGAACAUUUAGCAAAUUUAUAAAAAAUUAAAAAACAUACCUUAUUUACAUAAGUAUUCAGACCCUUUGCUAUAAGUCAAUUGAGCUCAGGUGCAUCCUGUUUCCAUUGAUCAUCCUUGAGAUGUUUCUACAACUUGAUUGGGCCUCUGUAGCUCAGCUGUUAGAGCACGGCGCUUGUAACGCCAAGGUAGUGGGUUCAAUCCCCGGGACCACCCAUACACAAAAAAUAAAAUAAAUGUAUGCACGCAUGACUGUAAGUCGCUUUGGAUAAAAGCGUCUGCUAAAUGGCAUAUUAUAUUAUUGGAGUCCACCUGUGGUAAAUUCAAUUGAUUGGACUUGAUUUGGAAAGGCACACACCUGUCUAUAUAAGGUUCCACAAUUGACAGUGCAUGUCAAACCCAAGCCAUGAGAUCGAAGGAAUUGUCCGUCAGGGAGGUGACCAAGAACCCGAUGGGCACUCUGACAGAGCUCUAGAGUUCAUCUGUGGAGAUGGGAGAACCUUCCGGAAGGACAACCAUCACUGCAGCACUCCACCAAUCAGGCCUUUAUGGUAGAGUAGCCAGACGGAAGCCACUCCUCAGUAAAAGGCACAUGACAGCCCGUUUGGAGUUUGCCAAAAGGCACCUAAAGGACUCUCAGACCAUGAGAAACAAGAUUAUCUGGUCUGAUGAAACCAAGAUUGAACUCUUUGGCCUGAAUACCAAUGGUCACGUCUGGAGGAAAGCUGGCACCAUCCCUAUGGUGAAGCAUGGUGGUGGCAGCAUCAUGCUGGGGGGAUGUUUUUCAGCGGCAGGGACUGGGAGACUAGUCAGGAUCGAGGGGAAAGAUGAACGGAGCAAAGUACAGAGAGACCCUUGAUGAAAACCUGCUCCAAAGCGCUCAGUACCUGACUGGGGUGACGGUUCACCUUCCAACAGGACAACGACCUUAAGCAUACAGCCAAGACAACGCAGGAGUGGCUUCGGGACAAGUCUUUGAAUGUUCUUGAGUGGCCCAGCCAGAGCCCGUACUUGAUCCUGAUUGAACAUCUCUGGAGAGACCUGAAAACAGCUGUGCAGUGACGCUCCCCAUCCAACCUGACAGCGCUUGAGAGGAUCUGCAGAGAAGAAUGGAAGAAACUCCCCAAAUACAGGUGUGCCAAGCUUGUAGUGUCAUACCCAAGAAGAUUUGAGGCUGUAAUCGCUGAUAAAGGUGCUUCAACAAAGUACUGAGUAAAGGGUCUGAAUACACAUACUACUGUAAAUGUGAUAUUUCAGGAAACAUUUUUUUUUUAUAUUUGCAAAAAUGUCUAAACCUGUAUUUGCUUUGUCAUUAUGGGGCAUUGUGUGUAGAUUGAUGAACGGGGAAAAAACAAUUUAAUCCAUUUUAGGCUGUAAGGUAACAAAGUGGAAAAAGUCAAGGGGUCUGAAUACUUUCCGAAUGCACUGUGUAUAUAUAUAUAUUUUUUAUAAAAUCACCUUUGAGAACUAACCAAAAAUAAAAGUUAGACAGUCAGGGAGAAUCUAAAACUCCUAAUGAUUCAUUCAGAAUUAUUUUUGUCAUGGCAUGGGGCCCCCAUUGAUUUUGGUAUAAUGUUUAAGUCACUCAGAUAGCAUAAGCCAUGGCAAAAUGUUUUGAUUUUCAGGAAACUCGCUUUAAAACUGCACAUUUUCUCUAAGCCCCAUGGGUAGAUCUGUAGAAUUGCAGUAAAUUAGACUGCCUAGUCGGGCAGUCGGGCACUGCGCGUACCACAAACCUUUUAUUUUCAAAGGCUUUUACAUUUCAUUCAUUUCGUGUCAUGCAUAUUUAGCUUUUUACGACCCGCAGAAACAACUUUGCAGACGACCACCACAACAUGUAAAAUCCUCAAGUUACUGCGAGAAAAGCAGCAAAGCUCUGUCAAUUAUGUAUUGGGUUAUGAAAUCCUACUUUUUGGAUAUAGUGUUAAUGAUAUGUUAGAGAGGGACCCCACUGAACGAUUCAGAACAUGAAGAAUCAUAUUUGUCUUGGUAAAAUGUGUUUUAUAACAUUAAGUGGAAUUUCAUCGCCAAAGUUCGUUUUUACCCGCUAGGCAGAGUGGGUGGACACCCUACUAUUAGGCUACCUCUACUGAUCACAUCCCUUUCUUGUUCCUCAGAUUACCCUCCGACUGCAGCCCAGGGGUGAGUCAAAAUAUGUGUAUGGUAUCGUUUUAUUGGUGGAUGUUAAAUUAAUCCCAGAUUGCUAAACUCAAAGCCAUCUAAAGUUAAAUACAUGCCAGGAGAAUAUACUCUGGCUAAGCCCAGCCUACAUUAUGUUCUGCAAGCUUGAUCAAGGUGUCUUCUGAAUGUAUGUGAAGUCCUAUAUAAGUUCAGUUUCUCACUGAAAUUACUUUUCACACCAGUUUUGAAGUGACACAUUUCUUAUAUUGAGAUGAGAUUGUAUGUGCAUGUUGUCACUCCAUAUAAUAUCUGCAUUUGCUGCUUUCAGCUAUGGGUCCUAUGGUGGUGGCCAGGCCAGCCAGAGUGGCUACAGUCAAUCGUCCGCCCAGCAGGGCUACGGCAGCGGUGGAAGCUACAACCAGAGCUCUGAGGGCAACUCUGCCUCCUAUGGCCAGGGAGGCUACGGCUCUAACUACGGCCAGUCGCAGUCAGGUACGUGACCAGCGGCACCAUAAUAAAUAUUCAUUCAUCGUGCAGCUAUAGGCAUUGUGUUCCUGAUGUAGUCUGGUCUCUAAGCAUUGUCUCCUGUUGUCUUAUCUAGGGAUAGAGCUAUUUAUUGACAAACAGUUUUUUGGAUUCCAUAAUUGGUGCUUGGUAGCUUACGCCUGCAGAUGCAUAUCCACCUCACAUCCCCUCUCUCUCUCUGUCUCCCUUGCUGUGACCUUCCUUCAGGAGGAUGUGGUUCUCAGCCUCCAUCCCAGGGCGGUCAGUCCUACAGCUCUGGGGGCUACAACAGUAGUAGUAGCCAGCCACCACAGAGCGGCUACAACCAGCAGUCGUCCUACUCUGGAUAUGGACAACAGCAGUCUGCUGCUGCACAGUCUUCUACCAGGUGAGAGACUAUGGAAGACUGUUUGGGAAGUUCUGCAUUGUGGGAUGAGCAUACAAAAUGUGUUGAUAAACCAUGAAAUGUUGAUGCAUAUCCUUAGUGUUCCUAAAAGUGGAAGCAGCUGGGCUUAAAAUAACAUUGCUGCUUUUUUGUCCCUUUUCCACAGUAGCUAUGGCAACAACUCCCAGCCCUCUAACUAUGGGCAGCAGCCACCGCAGAGUGGGGGUGGGGGAAGCUACGGGAGCCAGAGCGGAGGUGGAGGUGGCUAUGGGGGCAGUGGCGGUGGACAGAGUGGGGCUUGCGGGGGCCAGCAGAAGCCCGGGGGGGCUCCCUACAGCCAGGCCCCCAGUUACAGCUCACCUCCACCCCAGAGCUACGGCCAGCAGACCAAGUACAGCCAGGGGGGUGGAGGUAAGGAAUCCCCUCUGAUAUUAGAGGUCCAGUUGACGUUCAUUCGAAUACACCCACCCUUCUCUUUUUGAGCACCCACCCGGAAUCUCAACCUCAAUCUCCUCCAUCUACUACUCCACAGGGUACAGAGGUAACUCGCCACCAAUGGGAGGAGGUGGUGGAGGAGGGUAUGGUGGCUCGGACGGAGGCUAUGGAGAUAGUGGCGUGCGAGGCCGUGGAGAAAGGGGAGGCGGCUUUAGAGGUCGUGGGGAUGGUGACCGGGGAUUCGACCGAGGUGUCGGACCUAGAGGCACAGGCGGCAUGGGGUAAGGACUCAAUAGCUCCGCUCCUACACAAACACACACACACACACACCCGCCUCAGUAUUCACUUAGACGUCUUGCAUCAGUCCCCCAUAACAUUUACCUGGACUCACCACAAAACAAAAGGACAUACACACACUCAACUCUUGUAUCUAUGUUUGGAUACAUCCACACAUCAGUCAAGUAAACACCUGUGUAGUGUAGCGGGUUGAUACUCAAUCCAAAGUGUCUGUGUUUGACGUUAUUAUUCCAUUACUUGGAGAGAAUUAGGGCUGUCCCCGACCCCAAAAUAUAUUUUCCAAUCGAUUGGUCAAAAUUUUUUUGCGUGUAUUUUUCCGUAAAUGGACAUGGUUGUCAAUAAAUGUGUUUUAAUAAAAUCAACUAUAACAAUUGAGCUUACGGUUUGAUGAAAUAAGACAAAUGCCUCGAGGGCGCCAGAGAUCUAGAUAACCAGAAGGAAAAAACCUUAACCUGACCCAACUGUUCUCCUCCCGCUCCUGCUGGCUUUUACAGAUUCUGCCAUUACUCUCCUGAAGUUGCCGGUAAUAGGCUACACGAGGAGUCCGCAACCUUUCUCAUGUGGAAUGCCAACGUAUCUUACAAUUUCUACCGAUCUGCGUGCCAGUUAUGGUUUUCAUAUGCAAAUUUCCGUGAAACAAUUUAAUUUAUAAUAACUUCUUCAUAUUUUAAAAUCAAUGUUAUGUGGUUAAUGAAAAUUCUAUCCAAAUCUAAAUGAAAUGAUACAAACCUAAAAAGUAACUUCUAUUGCCAUGGCCAACUAUGUAAAAAUGGCCUACAUAAAGCCAACCAGUAAAAACAUUGCAGCCUGCAGGUAGAAAAUAUCCUGAUUGGGGGAAAAAAGGAAUAUCCUAUAAAUCACAUUGGCUACACAUGGCCUGUCUGCAACGAACUUGAAACAUUGUAUCAACUAUUAACUUGGGUCCGGCCCAAAGCCUGCGCUAGCGAAUUUGCGACAUUUUAUAAAAUAGUCUGGGCUCUCAGUUUCCCGCACCAGUGAGCUCGGGACAAACAUAGCUGUAGGCUAUUUGCGCAAGGGAUAAGAAGCAGUGGUUGACCUGGGCAGGAGCUCACCGGAGCUGAGUAUGGGCACCUCAAAUGUUCUACUGCUUGAGUUCCCUUUCCUCUUAUAGAAUAUUAGCUCAAAGGUAUUGUGGAGCUCCUGCACCUAAAUAUAAACAGUACCAGCACCCAAAAUGAGUACCGGAACCUUUUUCAGUCCAAGUCAAGCACUGAUAAGAAGUAAUCGGGUAGGCCUAUUUUAUGAUGUUUUGACUGGAUCAGAGCAUGAAAUUUUUCCCUUUUCACUCUGAGUGGUUAUUGAAAGGAAAGGUUUUUCAAAUACAUUGAGGAACUAUUGUAAUUCUCAAUGGCUAUAAAAACAGACUUUGUUUGUUGCUGUUUGAGGUGAAGAAAACAUUACUUUGAGAAGCUCCACAGCUCAUUAGUGGUGGUGCGUUAAGCCAAUCAGAAAUACUAUCAGAACCCCAACUGGGCACAUUUUAUAUGCCUACAUUUAUGCGCAGGCCAGGUAGCCUAUUAGACUACUUCUAUGAGUGUGUGUCCUAACUCAACAUUGACAGGAGCGCGCCAAACAAAAGACAAUGAAUAAAUUGACAAAACUCGUAAAUUGAAUGAAAUUAACCUUGUGUUUCUCACAAGUGUAGCAUAGGUUGUGCACUCUGCAAAAAAUGUGUCCACUCUGACAAUGAUAAUGGGAAGACUGGAAUAAUAGACUAAUAUUGAAUGCAUUAACAGAAAUUAUCGUAACAAACAUUGUAGAUUAGAAAUUAUAGGAAUUAACAGUAAAUGUACUACUGGUGAUAUGUCAUGGGGAAUUGAUAUACACUAACAAUCAAAUGCAAACAAUUCACACAAUUAUGAAACAAUGAAUGUGCACAAAUUGGCGGGAGAGAGCGCAUUCUGGAGAGAGAAGUGCAUCUGUGCGCAUGGUUCUGACGUCUGCAUUGGCCAUGCAGCAUUUACGGUGAUACGGCCUCAGCAGAAGUCAGGGCAUUCAUAUUUGUUGCGUUUCGUGGCACAGAGCUGUUGUCAAGGAAGUGAGUUUGUGUUUUCUACAGGAUGUACCGCCUCCACCUACCGUCAACCAAUCAUGUCAAUGCAGAGUUAUACAGAGCCCUCCGCAUUAUUACAAAAUUUGGGAGGCGCAUGGCAAUGCGGUAAGGAGCUCGAUUUGGCUUCUGCAUGCCUCUGGAGGCUCCGCAAUUGCGUCACACCCUCCAUAUGGAGCCUCUGACCACAUUUUCGGAUCAAGCAUGAGUUGGCUUUUAGUCUAGGCCUCCGCAAUGGUUUAGUUCACUGAGAUGGGCGCAAAUAUAUACAUAGAUAGAUAGAACACAUAUGGAAUCAUGUAGUAACCAAAAAAGUGUUAAACAAAUAUUUUAUAUUUGAGAUUCUUCAAAUAGCCACCCUUUGCCUUGAUGAUAGCUUUGCACACUCUUGGCAUUCUCUCAACCAGCUUCACCUGGAAUGCUUUUCCAACAGUCUUGAAGGAGUUCCCACAUAUGCUGAGCACUUGUUGGCUGCUUUUCCUUCACUCUGCGGUCCGACUCAUCCCAAACCAUCUCAAUUUGGUUGAGGUCACGGGAUUGUAGAGGCCAGGUCAUCUGAUGCAGCACUCCAUCACUCUCCUUCUUGGUCAAAUAGCCCUUACACAGCCUGGAGGUGUUGGGUCAUUGUCCUGUUGAAAAACAAAUGAUAGUCCCACUAAUCCCAAACCAGAUGGGAUGGCGUAUCACUGCAGAAUGCUGUGGUAGCCAUGCUGGUUAAGUGUGCCUUGAAUUCUAAAUAAAUCAGACAGUGUCACCAGUAAAGCACACCCACACCAUAACACCAACACCUCCAUGCUUUACGGUUGGAAAUACAUGCGGAGAUCAUCCGUUCACACAAACCGCGUCUCACAAAGACACGGCGGUUGGAACCAAAAAUCUCAAAUUUGGACUCAUCAGACCAAAGGACCGAUUUCCACCGGUGUAAUGUCCAUUGCUCGUGUUUCUUGGCCCAAGCAAGUAAUAAUAAUAAUAUGCCAUUUAGCAGACGCUUUUAUCCAAAGCGACUUACAGUCAUGCGUGCAUACAUUCUUUUGUGUAUGGGUGGUCCCGGGGAUCGAACCCACUACCUUGGCGUUACAAGCGCCGUGCUCUACCAGCUGAGCUACAGAGGACCACACCUCUUCUUGUUAUUGGUGUCCUUUAGUAGUGGUUUCUUUGCAGCAAUUUGACCGUUUAGGCCUGAUUCACACAGUCUCCUCUGAACAGUUGAUGUUGAGAUGUCUGGUACUUGAACUCUGUGAAGCAUUUAUUUGGGCUGCAAUUUCUGAGGCUGGUAACUCUAAUGAACUUAUCCUCUGCAGCAGAGGUAAAUUUGGGUAUUCUAUUCCUGUGGCGGUCCUCAUGAGAGCCAGUUUCAUCAUAACGCUAGAUGGUUUUUGUGGCUGCUCUUAAAGAAAGUUUCAAAGUUCUUGAAAUUUUCACAAAUGACUGACCUUCAUAUCUUAAAGUAAUGAUGGACUGUCGUUUCUCUUUGCUUAUUUUUAUUUGAACUGUUCUUGCCAUAAUAUGGACUUGGUCUUACUACAUGAUUCCAUAUGUGUUAUUUCAUAGUUUUGAUGUCUUCACUAUUAUUCUACAAUGUAGAAAAUAGUAAAAAUAAAGAAAAAACCCUUGAAUGAGUAGGUGUUCUAAAACUUUUGACUGGUAGUGUGUGUGUUACUGUUCGACUAAAACGAUCUCGGUCAACCAACAGCCUGACCAAACAAUCGACCAGUCGACUAAUUGGGGUCAGCCCUAGAGUAUAUAUAUAUAUAUUAUUUUUUUUGUUGUUGUCUAAAAUUAAAUUAUUUAUGCGACAUUGCUACAUAGCCUACAAGGAUAGAUCAUUACAUUCCAAAUGUGACCGUUUUUAUAAGUGCGCCCCAUUUAAAAAAGACUCACCGUUAGCCUAAACACGUUUCACACGUGUAGCUUGUUGUUAUUGUUGGUCAAUCAGAGUGGUGCUACAGUUAGAGGCUCCAUGUGUAGCAGGUGAUGUGGGAGAUUUCUAAUAAAUUCAAAAUGGAAUUAAAAUUACAUAAUGAAGUUGGCUAAAUGAGGAGGAGUAGGCUGCAAUGAUCAACCAAAAGUCUCCAUUUGAAGUUUUUCUUUAAAACAUGCAUUUCCACUAUCCGGAUAUCCCCCAAAAAUACUAUUAUCUGUCUGAUGGUACAGAAACAACUCAGUGGUGAAAUGAUUGUCUUGGUGACAUUGUCGGUUACCUGGAAAUCCAAUGGGGACAAGGAAAGAUUGUCCACAUGAAAUGUUCAAAGCGCUUGUCAAUUUGGUCAAUGAAAAAUGGCUGCACUGGUGUGCUAGUGCAGCUAUGAUAAUGGAAAAACUUGAACUCAGUAGGGGUUGAAUAGUUUGGAGUUCUAUGUACAUGCGACCCACGAGACAUGACAAAGUAAGUGUUCUGGCUGGUUUUAGGGGUUGUUUGCGAAGGAAGUUUUUGAAUGUGAUAGACAUCGGUCUUAGGUUCUCCCAGUUAUUUGGUUGUUAAGUAAUUACUUCAGUCCCCAUGUUCUCCUCGCUGCCUGUUAUCUAUGGAACCUGAACUGAGUCUCAUACUAGCGUUGUGCACUUUCACACUGACAACUGCCCAUGCUCACUCACACAAGCAAACGCAAUCCAUGGCUAUAGGAAAAAUGCUGUGUAAAGUGCACAUUUGUGUUUGUGGUUGCUUGUGUGCAAAUACAGCAUCACCAAAGCCACUGUGAUGAAGUAAGCAGAAUCCUACUAGCAUUAACUACCUAGCUGUGCAACUGACCCAUAGUAACAGUUGUGUGGUUCUUUAAAAGCUAAAUGCUGCUAAACGUCAUCCAUUUUAACUUUAAACAUGCUACGUUGCUGAAAUGUUACCAAUAAGCAAGAGAUUCAGAUUAGACUGGUUGUGACAACGCAAAACCAAAUCCUUACAGGUCUCUGUUGUGAGUGUCUAUUCAAACUGCCUUGUCUAUCGCUCACUAAUCAGACCUAGUAGCCUUGAACUUUUUAUUUGUUUGCUUCCCAUCUACUAAAUGUAUUAUGCAAUAUAGCAGGCUUUUUUUUUUUAUGCUCACCUUGCCAUGGCGGAAAUGAAAUCCCUGAAGUGCCUUGAGUGACUUUGAAAGAUCCAGAAUACAAAGGUAGCACAUGUUAGAUUCUGGCACUCAUCCACCCCUGUUUUUCUUAGCUAAAGCACUGUAGCCAUUAUCACAUUUCAUCAAGAGUUAUCCUCUGCUUACAUUUGCAGCCGUGUGACGAUUUAUUUAUCUUAGUGAACUAUUUGAAGGGUCUUACUGGCAAACCUUUAUGUGCACACUGACACUGUCCACACACAAACACACCACAUGACCUUGUCAUCCACCCCACUCCACCCUCCUCUUCACCUCUAUAACACCACUUUCCCACCCACCCUUUACUGUGUGAUAUGAUGCUUUAAUAAAUCUCUGAAUCUCCUCCUAGGCUCUCACCUCUCCAUGGUGGGCUUCUGUUUCUCAUUUAGGUUUUUUCUCUUGAGGAAAGGGGGAAUGGUAGAAAGAAGGAAGGACAGGCAGGAGACAUUCACUGAGAAGACUAUAGGCAGGGGUUAAAGAAUAAGAGUUGCAAGUGCAACAUGGACUGACUGAUCAGUUAGAAAGGAUGUCAAAGACCUACCUAGGAAGUGUGCUCUUCAGACAAUGUCAAAGUCUCAAGACGGUCACCUAUAUAGAACAUAUCAAGGAAGGUUUCAUUAAACUCCUUUCUGUAGGUGCUUAAUUUAUGUGUACUUGAAUUCCGCAGCUGUUCUUGCAGUGUUAUAGAACUGUGUACAACACAACACAGCAGUUCCAGGAAAUAAGAACAUUUGGUCUGAGUUGGUUUCAGAGAUCAAUGCAAAAGGAGUGUUAAAUGAUCUCUUGUACAAAGCAAGGAGAAGUGACUGUUGACAAUUUUGAUCUUCGGAUUAAAACCCACUUGCAAACAAGAUGCGAAGGUCUGAGGACUAGCGUACCAAACAGACAAGGUCAUCAAAACUGACCUCCGACCAUCCUCAGUUGUCAAGGAGAAGGGACACAUCCUAGGGUGGUUCCAAAGAAGAGAUAGGGGGUGAACAAAGUAAGAGAGGUGAAAGAGAGUAAAGAGGGGAUGGGGUAAAAAGGGGGUGGAAACCCCCUCUUGAGAGAAAUUUGGCUCCAUCCACACCAGCCUUCAAUGCGUGUCGCUUUUCUCUCCUCAUCAGAAUGGGCGAUCGUGGAGGAUUCAAUAAGUUUGGUGGUAAGUGACAAAACUCUUUAAAUAAGAGAUUUGGUGGGUUUAAAGAGUCAAGCUUAAAGGGAGGGGGAAAAACAAGAUAUAAAAGGUUUAGAUUAUUGGCCCAAAAAAGAAACUGGCCCCGGACAUUAAAACUAUUAUGUGAUGUUUUUUUGAUCGUGGGAAGAGGGAAUUGAUGUCGGAAGAACAACCAAUAUGGGAAGUAUCAUACAAAGUUAACCAACAAGGAAAGAUUGGUCAUGAUUUUAUCUUAGAAACAAAACGUACAUUCAGGAGUUAUGGGUAGACUAAAAAGAAAGCAUAGCAUAUUGAGGUGAAAAAGGGGGCAUGAUAGAAAAGUCAAACGUAAUUAGGAUUUAAGGUCUUCAUUAUUCUUGGUCCUGUUUUGCUCAGUUGAUAGAGCACUGCGCUUGUAACACUAGGAUUGUGUGGUUUGAUUCCCGCAGGGCCCACACCCAUACAAUAAACGUAAGCACGCAUGACUGUAGGGCUGGAGCUACAUUGGGGCGUCAAGUGUUCAGCGUCGCGUUGACGCUGGAGAGGCGGGAUAAUUGAUCUCGUCGUAAUAAAUGGAAGCAGCCACAUUCCUGGCGUUGCGUUGUCCCCCAGCAUCGAGCUGAAAAAAUACGCUGGGUUUUAUUUUCUACUGCUGAUGCUCGAGCCAUAGAAACCUAUUAUCAUUGGUGGAAACAUGACAUACACUACAUGACCAAAAGUAUGUGGACACCUGCUCGUCGAACAUCUCAUUCCAUAAUCAUGGGCAGUAAUAUGGAGUUGGUCCCCCCUUUGCUGCUAUAACAGCCCCCACUCUUCUGGGAAGGUUUUCCACUAGAUGUUGGAACAUUGCGGCGCUGACUUGCUUCCAUUCAGCCUCGACCAUUAGUGAGGUCGGGCACUGAUGUUAGGCGAUUAGGCCUGGCUCACAUUCGCCGUUCCAAUUCAUCCCAAAGGUGUUCGAUGGGGUUGAGGUCAGGGCUCAGUGCAGGCCAGUCAAGUUCUUCCACACCGAUCUUGACAAACCAUUUCUGUAUGGACUUCGCGUUGUGCAUGGGGGGAUUGUCAUGCUGAAACAUGAAAGGGCCUUCCCCAAACUGUAGCCACAAAAUUCGAAGCACAGAAUCCUUUAGAAUGUCAUUAAGAUUUCCCUUCACUGGAACUAGGGGCCUAGCCCAAACCAUGAAAAACAGCCCUAGACCAUUAUUCCUCCUCCACAAAACUUUACAAUUGGCACCAUGCAUUGGGGCAGGUAGCGAUCUCCUGGCAUCCGCCAAACCCAGAUUCGUCUGUCGGACUUCCACAUGGUGAAGCGUGAUUCAUCACUUCAGAGAACGCAUUUCCACUGCUCCAGAGUCCAAUGGCGGCGAGCUUUACACCACUCCAGCCGACGCUUGGCAUUGCACAUGGUGAUCUUAGGCUUGUGUGCUGCUGCUAGGCCGUGGAGACCCAUUUCAUGAAGCUCCCGACUAACAGUUCUUGUGCUGACGUUGCUUCCAGAGGCAGUUUGGAACUCGGUAGUGAGUGUUGCAACUGAGGACAGAUGAUUUUUUACGCACUAUGCGCUUCAGCUCUCGGCGGUCUCGUUCUGUGAGCUUGUUUGGCCUACCACUUCGUGGCUGAGCCGUUGUUGCUCCUAGAUGUUUCCACAUCACAAUAACAGCACUUACAGUUGACCGGGGCAGCUCUAGCAGGGCAGAAAUUUGACGAACUGACUUGUUGGCAAGGUUGCAUCCUAUGACGAUGCCACGUUGAAAGUCACUGAGCUCUUCAGUAAGGUCAUUCUACUGCCAAUGUUUGUCUAUAGAGAUUGCAUGGUGUGUGCUCGAUUUUAUACACCUGUCAGCGACGGGUGUGGCUGAAAUAGCCGAAUCCACUCCUUCGAUUAUAACGUUUUUUUUUUUUUCUUCAAAUUAAAGUGUGUUUGUCACUUUCACGAGGUUGAAGUAAUAACAUGUUCAAUUACUUAAGACAUUGGCUCUAAUCUAGGUUGUGCCUUUUAGAUUUCGAGAAAAUAACAACUAAGGAAGAAUUUUCUCAAACCCCAGCUUGGUCUGCUUGGUCUGUUUCGCCUGCGUUCCCGGAAGUCUUGCUUUCUUCAUUUACUUGAUGCUUUUUCAGUUGUUGUAAAUUCAAAUUAUUAAAUGGGCUACAAAGGAAUUAGUUAAAUUAUACGUUUUUUGUUAUAUUUUUCACUUUCCUAUAUGCAACCUCGAGGCGUACCCCUUUUCAGCGAUGACUCAGCUUUUCAUCUUUUGUGAUUUGGAGCUGAUUGUUAUAUUUGUCAAGACUGUGGGUGCUUGUACUUACGCACACUUGAUUUGUCCUUUCAAAUUUAGAUUUUGCAUCCAUGUGAGCUGAUUUUCAUUGACUGUAUUGCUGUCUGAGUGCGUGUAUGUAGCAACUUAAGUACUCAGGCAAAAUGACGCUGACGCCAUGCUUUAAUGUAGCUCCAGAGUAUGUCGCCUUGGAUAAAAACCUGCUAUUGGUAUAAUAUUAUAUCUUAGUUGUCUUGUUUUUUUCAUAUGUAAUACAUCUACAACACCUCAAUAUGCUAUGUUGCAGAUUAUGUAUGUACUGCAUGUUGUCACCUCAACAGGUAAGAAUAAUCAGUGUGAAUGUUCCAUAUCAGAAAUGUCACUGUCGUGUUUGGUACUGCGUAGGAUAGCGUUUACACUGCACUCCAAAAUCCUUAGCAGCAGAGGGAGCUGUACAGUAACUUCAAUCUCUGUUGAUUUGAAGUUAUCUUGCUUUAAUCCUCUGAAUUUGAGUCACUGGGCUCUAAGAUUAUUUGAGUUGAGACGGAAUGUUUUUCUAAGUGUCAAAGUUUUAAUGUGACUACCGGGCUGAUUGAAUCUCAACAAUGGAUGUUGCCCCCCCCCGUCAAAUAAGGUAUUUCUACUUGCUUGAGAAGAUUUUGACAAAAGAGGAGUUGUGCCCAGAUAAAUGGUCAGGGCUGUUACAGACGUCACAACGGUGUCAAGUGUUGCUGAAAAAAAUUAUCUAAGUUAUAUCCUCACAAUAAUCUGCAGUAUCUGUGACGACAUCAAAUUUCAGGGUGAACUCUAAGGAAAGCAACUGACGUAGGGGUCAUGUUUCUCCCUUUCCUUCUCCACUCCCACUGUUGUCUUGUUGGUGUGAGGAAUUUGGCUCUGCACCUUCUGAUUUCUAAAUGCUGUUGAAGUUUACUGCCCAGACAGUCCACUUCAAAAAUCAUGGGUAAUCAUGGGUAGAAGUACUGAUGAUGGUAAAGUCUUCAAUGGUGGUUUUUUAGUUACCAUCUUGUGCUUACAUGCUGACUACACCGGCGCCAUCCACACCAGACGCGAUAAUGACAUGCAGGUUAAAAUGUCAAAACCAACAGUGAACCAUCUAUAUUAAUUUUGGGGCAGGUCGAAACAUGCAUGAAACAUUCAUGGACAUUAGGUUAUUUUAUCUGACAUGCAUAUGGUCCUCUUUUUAGCUGGUUCUUUGUCAAAUUUUGACCCAGGGUCAUACAAAAUUGUGUGUUCCUCUACUCUGACAGUUUAUCCACAGAUAAAAACGGAAACCUAGUUAGUUUUUUUUCUUCAUCUUUAAUGAAUCUCUCCUCGUUUUGUCUUUUCAAGCGUCCACGUGGGUUUGUAUCUUCCUGUAAGGAAGGGACUUGCACCAUGUGAAGUGGCAGGUAGCUUAGUGGUUAAGAGCGUUGUGCCAGUAACCGAAAGGUCGCUGGUUCUAAUCCCCGAGCCAACUAGGUGAAAAAUCUGUCGAUGUGCCCUUGAGCAAGGCACUUAACCCUAAUUGCUCCUGUAAGUCGCUCUGGAUAAGAGCGUCUGCUAAAUGACGUAAAUGUAAGUGUCUCAAAUAGAACCAAGUUCUAUUUUAGCGCUUGGCUACGCAGACUCGUUCACGUGCGAAAUUAUUGAAUAACAUGUAUAUGUACAUUUAUUUUGCAAUGCUUGCACACGCAACAUAGCCAGUGUGGUUUGUAUGUUAGUCAUUCCUCCUUUGACAAUGGAAGUCAAAAGUCAAGCAUAGACAGAUUCAUGUAUCACCUGUCCUGUGUAAACUUACAGUAUGUAACUAAAGAAAAUACUGAACCCUUACUCUGGUUACGUAACGGCAUCGAUCGGAGGGAAGGGAACAGAAUGGGGAAAUAUGUAUGAGGAAAAAACUGUUUUCUCCCAGAUAGGUAGUGAACGGGAGUGGACAAAACACUAAAGGGUUAUUGUGGUGUUGCAAGGGUGCACUAAUGACUCCUCAUCUUGUAACUGGUGUGGUCGACUAAAGAAAUGAGGAAGUGUUUGUUGGUUCAAUGUACAAACUGUUCUUGUACCAGAUACCUGUUUAUGUGGCAAUCAGUGCUCCAGGGGAAAGUAUUUUCUCAAACUGGUAAAGGAAGUGUUAAGACAUUACUGGAAGGAAAUAAUGAAUGCAGUCAUGGUAUUUUCCUAAUGGUUGUGUUGCAUGUGAUAUGUCAUGCUGAUAUGUCAGAGGUGGGAUCCAUACACUAUCAAAAAGUAAUGUUAAACUCUUGGCGAGGCCUUGUUUUCUGUGAAUGUCCUCAGUUGUUUGUGUUGACGUAGUUCAGCAGAAUAUUUGAAACGGGACUAAAGCAUGAUGAAUUCUUGGUCCCCCCCCCAAAAAAAAAAUGUAUACGAUAAAUAGGUAGGUAGAUAUACAGUACCAGUCAAAAGUUUGGGGGGUGUAAUACAGAAGAUAGCCCUAUUCGGUAAAAGACCAAGUCCAUAUUAUGGCAAGAACAGCUCAAAUAAGCAAAGAAAAAUGACAGUCCAUCAUUACUUUAAGCCAUGAAGGUCAGUCAAUCUGGAAAAUGUGAAGAACUUUGAGAGUUUCUUCAAGCGCUAUGAUGAAACUCAAUCUCAUGAGGACCUCCACAGGAAAGGAAGACCCAGAGCUACCUCUGCUGCAGAGGAUAAGUUCAUUAGAGUUACCAGCCUCAGAAAUUGCAGGCCAAAUAAAUGCUUCACAGAGUUCAAGUAACAGACACAUCUCAACAUCAACUGUUGAGAGGAGACUGCGUGAAUCAGGCCUUUAUGGUCGAAUUGCUGCAAAUAAACCACUACUAAAGGACACCAUUAAGAAAAAGAGACUUGCUUGGGCCAAGAAACACGAGCAAUGGACAUUAGACCGGUGGAAAUCAGUCCUUUGGUCUGGAGUCCAAAUUUGAGAUUUGAGACGCGGUGUGGGUGAAUGGAUGAUCUCCGCGUGUGUAGUUCCCACCGUUAAGCGAAGAGGAGGUGUUAUGGUGUGGGGGUGCUUUGCUGGUGACACUGUCUGUGAUUUAUUUAGAAUUCAAGGCACACUUAACAAGCAUGGCUACCACAGCAUUCUGCAGCGAUACGCCAUCCCAUCUGGUUUGGGCUUAGUGGGAUAAUCGUGUUUUUCAACAGGACAAUGACCCAACACACCUCCAGGCUGUAUAAGGGCGAUUUGGCCAAGAAGGAGAGUGAUGGAGUGCUGCAUCAGAUGACCUGGCCUCCACAAUCCCCUGACCGCAACCCAAUUGAGAUGGUUUGGGAUGAGUUGGACUGCAGAGUGAAGGAAAAGCAGCCAACAAGUGCUCAGCAUAUGUGGGAACUCCUUCAAGACUGUUGGAAAAGCAUUCCAGGUGAAGCUGGUUGAGAGAAUGCCAAGAGUGUGCAAAGCUAUCAUCAAGGCAAAGGGUGGUAUAUAAAAUAUAUUUUGAUUUGUAUAACACUUUUGUUUUGGUUACUACAUGGUUCCAUAUGUGUUAUUUCAUAGUUUUGAUAUCUUCACUAUUAUUCUACAAUUUAGAAAAUAGUUUAAAGAAAAACCCUUGAAUGAGUAAGUGUGUCCAAACUUUUGACUGGUAGUGUAUAUGGAUGAUUUAUAAAGCCAGGCACAUUUAACAGUUAGGCUAUUGAUUAUAGACCUAAUUAGGUUGGGGUUAACUCUCCUCACUUUUCUUAUCCAAUUAAGGUAAGGGCUGUUCUCGUCUCCUAACUCUUGCCUCUGCCGCAUUGUUCUCAACACCAAUAUGCUGGUUAACUUUGCUAUUAUGCACAUAGAAACAUGGUCUAGGAAAAGGCGCCAAUUGAUCCACACUCUCCUUAUUGUUCUCUACACAUGAGAUGAAAACAGUGAAAUCAACAUACAAGUCAAAUCUUGUUCUCAGAAAUGUUGUACAAUGAGCAAAGUUGGUUAUCUUGGCCACAAAGUAAGAGUACAGGUUCUGAAAGUAGCCACCGUGUGGGUAAAUCAAUAGCGGCAACACAACUGCAUGGUAAAAGAGUUGGACUUUGUGAGUAAAGUAUACUGAACAAAAAUAUAAAGUGUUGGUCCCAUGUUUCAUGAGCUGAAAUAAAAGAUCCCCUACAUUUUCCAUACGCAUAAAAAGCUUAUUUGUCUCAUUUUGUGCGCACAUUUGUUUACAUCCCUAUAAGUGUGGCAUUUCAAAAAGCUGAUUUAAACAGCAUGAUCAUUACACAGGUGCACCUUGUGCUAGGGACAGUAAAAGGCCUCUCUAAAAUGUGCAGUUUUGUCACACAACACAAUCCCACAGCAGUCUCAAGUUGAGGGAGCAUGCAAUUGGCAUGCUGACUGCAGGAAUGUCCAGAAGAGCUGUUGCGAGAGAAUUUAAUGUUCAUUUCACUACCAUAUGCCACCUCCAACAUCAUUUUAGAGAAUUUGGCAUUACAUCCAACCGGCCUCACAUCUGCACACCACGUGUAACCACACCAGACCAGGACCUCCACAUCCGGCUUCUUCACCUGCGAGAUGGUCUGAGACCAGCCACCCAGACAGCUGAUUAAACUGUGGGUUUGCACAACCAAAGAAGUUCUGCACAAAUUGGCAGAAACCGUCUCGGGAAGCUCAUCUGCAUGCCCGUCGUCCUCACCAGGGUCUUGACCUGACUGCAGUUCAGUGUCGUAACUGACUUCAGUGGCAAAUGCUCACCUUUAACGGCCACUGGCAUGCUGGAGAAAGUGUGCUCUUCACAGAUGAAUCCCGGUUUUCAACUGUUCCUUAUGGCGUUGUGUGGGCAAGCGGUUUGCUGAUGUGAACGUUGUGAACGGAGUGCCCCAUGGUGGGGUUAUGGUAUGGGCAGGCAGGCACAAGCUACGGACAACAAACACAAUUUCAUUUUAUCGAUGGCAAUUUGAAUGCCCAGAGAUACGUGACGAGAUCCUGAGGCCCAUUGUCGUGCCAUUCAUCCGCUGCCAUCACCUCAUGUUUCAGCAUAAUGCACAGCCCCAUGUCGCAAGGAUCUGUACACAAUUCCUGAAAAGCUGUAAAUGUCCCAGUUCUUCCAUGGCCUGCAUACUCACCAGACAUGUGACCCAAUGAGCAUGUUUGGGAUGCUCUGGAUCGCUGUAUACGAUGGAGUGUUUCAGUUCCCACCAAUAUCCAGCAACUUCGCAUAGCCAUUGAAGAGGAGUGGGACAUCAUUCCACAGCCCACAAUCAACAGCCUGAUCAACUCUAUGCAAAGGAGAUGUGUCACGCUCUAUGGGGUAAAUCGUGGUCACACCAGAUACUGACUGGUUUUCUGAUCCACACCCCUUUUUUAUUUAUUUAAAGGUACAGUACAUGACCCCCCCCCCCCCCUCCCCCCCCCUGCUGCUAUAACAGCCUCCACUCUUCUGGGAAGGCUUUCCACUAGAUGUUGGAACUAUGCUGCGGGGACUUCCUUCCAUUCAGCCACAAGCUGUAGUGAGGUCGGGCACUGUUGGGCGAUUUGGCCUGGCUCGCAGUUGGCGUUCCAAUUCAUCCCAAAUGUUUUAGAUGGGGUUGAGGUCAGGGCUCUGUGCAGGACAGUCAAGUUCUUCCACGCCGAUCAACAAACCAUUUCUGUAUGGACCUCGCUUUGUGCAUGGGGGCAUUGUCAUGCUGAAACAGGAAAGGGCCUUCUCCAAACUGUUGCCACAAAGCACAGAAUCGUCUAGAAUGUCAUUGUAUGCUGUAGCAUUAAGAUUUCCCUUCACUGGAACGAAGGGGUCUAGCCCAAACCAUGAAAAACAGCCCCAAACCAUUAUUCCUCCUCCACCAAACUUUACAGUUGGCACUAUGCAUUGGGCCAGGUAGCGUUGUCCUGGCAUCCGCCAAGCCCAGAUUUGUCCGUCAGACUGCCAGAUGGUGAAGCGUGAUUCAUUACUCCAGAGAACCCAUUUCCACUGCUCCAGAGUCCAAUGGUGGCGAGCUUUACACCAUUACAGCCAACGCUUGGCAUUGCGCAUGGCGAUCUUAGGCUUGUGUGCUGACUUUGAUUCCAGAGGCAGUUUGGAACUCGGUAGUGAGUGUUGCAACCGAGGACAGAUAAUUUUUAUGCGCUUCAGCACUCGAUGGUCCCGUUCUGUGAGCUUGUGUGGCCUACCACUUCGCUGCAGAGCCGUUGUUGCUCCUAGACGUUUCCGCUUCACACUAACAGCACUUACAGUUGACCGGGGCAGCUCUAGCAGGGCAGAAAUUUGACGUACUGACUAGGUGGAAAGGUGGCAUCCUAUGACGGUGCCACGUUGAAAGUCACUGAGCUCUUCAGUAAGGCCAUUCUACUGCCGAUGUUUGUCUAUGGAGAUUGCAUGGCUGUGUGCUACAUUUUAUACACCUGUCAGCAACGGGUGUGACUGGAAUAGCCAAAUCCACUAAUUUGAAGGUGUCCACGUACUAUAGGGUAUCUGUGACCAACAGAUGCAUAUCUGUAUUCCGUCAUGUGAAAUCCAUAGAUUAGGGCCUAAUCUAAUUUAUUUCAAUUGACUUAUUUCCUUAAAUGAACUGUAACUCAGUAAAAUGGUGGAGGUUCCUUGGUCGUAUCGACCACUGGGUUCAAAGAUCUCGUCGGUCCCUUGUGUUAAAUGCAUUAAUUCCUAGUAAUGCUGGUUGGUACAUGUGGAACGGAUGGAUUAUCAAUGAAAACGUGUGAUAAAGUGCAAUGAAAGGUUUUAUUUGAUAAUGGUGAGGAAAAAACAGGAAAUGGAUUCUAUUUGUAACACAUCUGAUAAAGUGAUAGGAAGGUUGUACAACGUACUCUAUGGAUGUCAUGGGUCAUUAUUUCACUUCAAUAGUGUCUCAAAUCUGGAGUCUGGUCCAUGUCGGGUAUACACUGUAAUGGUCCAUGUCAGGUAUAAACUAUACACACUACCCAAAAGGCAUGUAGAACGGUAUACCAGUCGGUGUGUUUUUUGUGAGCGGUUUUGUAGGGAUAUGAGAAUCGAAAGAAUGCGUAGUUGUGCAAAGGUUGUGGGACUCUAGAGUAGUAGUAUGUGUGGCAGCGCAAGCAGUGUCCACUUAAAAAACGUAAUUAUGUCAUUUUUCUUCCUGAAGGACCAAGAGACCAGGGACCUGGUGGGCCCAGCUCCAGUAAGUACGGACCUCUGACAGUUCAUAGUGCUACAAUUAGAACUGAUUACAUUUCUUGCCAUCAUGUUAUUAAGUUCAUUAGUUUGUGUCACUAUAUUGCUCUAGAUCAGCAGCAGUAUGCAUCCUGCUUUUCUUUGCUUUUCUGAUCUGCUCCUACCUCUACAAAUUGUGUAUAUUAAUUCUGUUAAGAAGUAUGUAUUUUCUGGGAUAUAGAUCAGAACCACCUUACAUAAUGAAUGAAUGUACAGUUGAAGUCGGAAGUUUACAUACACUUAGGUUGGAGUCAUUAAAACUCGUUUUUCAACCACUCCACACAUUUUUGGUUAACAAACUAUAGUUUUGGCAAGUCGGUUAGGACAUCUACUUUGUGCAUGACACAAGUAAGUUUUCCAACAAUUGUUUACAGACAGAUUAUUUCACUUAUAAUUCACUGUAUCACAAUACCAGUGGGUCAGAAGUUUAAGUUGACUGUGCCUUUAAACAGCUUGGAAAAUUCCUGAAAAUGAUGUCAUGGCAUUAGAAGCUUCUGAUAGGCUAAUUUACAUAAUUUGAGUCAAUUCGAGGUGUACCUGUGGAUGUAUUUCAAUCUCAGUGCCUCUUUGCUUGACAUCAUGGGAAAAUCAAAAGAAAUCAGCAAAGACCUCAGAAAAAAAAUUGUAGACCUCCACAAGUUUGGUUCAUCCUUGGGAGCAAUUUCCAAACGCCUGAAGGUACCACGUUCAUCUGUACAAACAAUAGUACGCAAGUAUAAACACCAUGGGACCACGCAGCCGUCAUACCGCUCAGGAAGGAGACGCGUUCUGUCUCCUAGAGAUGAACGUACUUUGGUGCGAAAAGUGCUAAUCAAUCCCAGAACAACAGCAAAGGACCUUGUGAAGAUGCUGGAGGAAACAGGUACAAAAGUAUCUAUAUCCACAGUAAAACGAGUCCUAUAUCGACAUAACCUGAAAGGCCGCUCAGCAAGGAAGAAGCCACUGCUCCAAAACCGCCAUUUAAAAAAAACAGACUACGGUUUGCAACUGCACAUGGGGACAAAGAUCGUACUUUUUGGAGAAAUGUCCUCUGGUCUGAUGAAACAAAAAUAGAACUGUUUGGCCAUAAUGACCAUUGUUAUGUUUGGAGGAAAAAGGGGGUAGCUUGCUAGCCAAAGAACACCAUCCCGACCGUGAAGCACGGGGGUGGCAGCAUCAUUCUGUGGGGGUGCUUUGCUGCAGGAGGGACUGGUGCACUUCACAAAAUAGAUGGCAUCAUAAAAAAAUUAAUGUGAAAAUUAUGUGGAUAUAUUGAAGCAACAUCUCAAGACAUCAGUCAGGAAGUUAAAGCUUGGUCGCAAAUGGGUCUUACAAAUGGACAAUGACCUCAAGCAUACUUCCAAAGUUGUGGAAAAAUGGCUUAAGGACAACAAAGUCAAGUUAUUGGAGUGGCCAUCACAAAGCCCCGACCUCAAUCCUAUAGAAAAUGUGUGGACAGAACUGAAAAGUGUGUGCGAGCAAGGAGGCCUACAAACCUGACUCAGUUACACCAGCUCUGUCAGGAGGAAUGGGCCAAAAUUCACCCAACUUCUUGUGGGAAGCUUGUGGAAGGCUACCUGAAACGUUUGACCCAAGUUAAACAAUUUAAAGGCAAUGCUACCAAAUACUAAUUGAGUGUAUGUAAACUUCUGACCCACUGGGCAUGUGAUGAAAGAAAUAAAAGCUGAAAUAAAUCACUCUACUAUUAUUCUGACAUUUCACAUUCUUAAAAUAAAGUGGGGAUCCUAACUGACCUAAGACAGGGAAUUUGUACUAGGAUAAAAUGUCAGGAUUGUGAAAAACUGAGUUUAAAUGUAUUUGGCUAAGGUGUAUGUAAAAUUCCGACUGUAACUAUCACUGUGUAUUAACCCUAUGCUGACCUGACCACCUCCCUACAGUGGAAGAUCAGGAUAACUCUGACAACAACACGAUCUUCGUGCAAGGCAUGGGAGACGGCUACACCGUUGAUUCUGUGGCUGACUUCUUCAAGCAGAUAGGCAUCAUCAAGGUACCGACCUGCCUACCUACCUACUUAUUUAAUUAUUUAACUCCCUUAACAACUCCCUCCAUUGAAUUAUACCUGCCACAGCCAUCACUGCCUUGACUUUGGUGCAUGGGGUGGCAUCUUUUCCUGAGGCUUUGCUAUAGAUUACUUACAGGCUAUGUUUUGAGUGGUAGGCUACUGCCAUUGUGUUUACCUAUGCAAUGCUUACAUCUAAUGCAUUUUUCCUUCUGUAUCUUAAUGUUGCUUUUUUUCUCAUUCCAUCUCUCGUUUUCUACUCGUUCUCUCCCCCUCUCCCUCUCUCUCUCUUUGUCACACUCUCCCUCCCUUUCUCCAUCUGUCAGAUCAAUAAGAAGACUGGUCUUCCCAUGAUCAACCUGUAUACAGACAGAGAGACAGGGAAGCUGAAGGGCGAGGCCACCGUGUCCUUUGACGACCCCCCUUCUGCCAAAGCUGCCAUCGACUGGUUUGAUGGUGAGGGGAUUACCUGAGGAGAAACUUCUGUUUUUAAUUUUAAAAAAAUUGGGGGAGGGAUACAAUAUUUUACUGAAACGUACAACAUUACAUUUCUCCAUUUGAAUUAUUUUCUAUAACUUUAAGUGUAGUCUCUGAGCAUUUUAUUUGUCUAAUGGGUUUGUUUAAUCUUUUAGUCACUGAGGAGAAUAGGUAGUCACUGAUUUUCACUUGUUGACCUUCAUAUUUGUGUUUUAUAUCAUAUUAUAUUGUUUUCUCCAUUGCAGGGAAGGACUUCAAAGGGAACCCCAUCAAGGUGUCCUUUGCGACCCGCAGGGCGGAUUUCGGAGUAGGCCGGGGUGGGGGUGGCGGCAUGAGAGGUGGCCGAGGACGAGGAGGUGAGGCAGAGUUUGGUGGUGAGUUGGUCAUUAUAGGGUUGGGUCAAUUGAGUUGGAGUCAAUUCCACUUCAUUUCAGUUAAGGUAGAAUAUGAAUUUAGGAUUUUCCGAUUCUUUAAUUAGAAUUUCGUAAAUUGAUUGAAUUGAAAGGGAACUGUUCCAGCAAACUGCUUGCUCCUCACACACACAAAAUAUACACUUACUGUAUUCAGUUUAGGAAAGUUGCACCCUGCUGUAUUUUGAGAAACACAUGCGAUCCAGCAGGAAAUGUGGAAUGGAAUGGUCCAAUGGAAAUGCGAGCGCAAGGUAAGACAAUGUCGUAGCUGAGGCGGUGUGUGAAAACAGCCUGGUGCAACUUUGCUAAACUGCGCACAGUACGUGUAUCUUUUGAUUCUUUCUCGCUUAUAUGAAAGUUACAUUUCAAAGGUUUCCAAAACCGUAUCGCUAGCGAGGAUUAAUAAAGUUCUAAAUGUUAAAACAGAGCGUCGGGAUUGUAGUUAAUUGACGCAGCUGUGGUCCGUACCUUCAGUUGAGAACUCAAGGGCUGGGUAUACCCCCCUUGGGUUCUCGAGAGCUACAGUUGAAGUCGGAAGUUUAUAUACACCAUAGCCAAAUACAUUUAAACUCAGUUUUUCACAAUUCCUGACAUUUAAUCCUAGUAAAAAUUCCCUGUCUUAGGUCAGUUAGGAUCACCACUUUAUUUUAAGAAUGUGAAAUGUCAGAAUAAUAGUAGAGUGAUUUAUUUCAGCUUUUAUUUCUUUCAUCACAUGCCCAGUGGGUCAGAAGUUUACAUACACUCAAUUAGUAUUUGGUAGCAUUGCCUUUAAAUUGUUUAACUUGGGUCAAACGUUUCGGGUAGCCUUCCUUCAAGCUUCCCACAAUAAGUUGGGUGAAUUUUGGCCCAUUCCUCUUCACAGAGCUGGUGUAACGGAGUCAGGGUUGUAGGCCUCCUUGCUCGCACACGCUUUUUCAGUUCUUCCCACAAAUGUUCUAUAGGAUUGAGGUCAGGGCUUUGUGUUGGCCACUCCAAUACCUUGACUUUGUUGUCCUUAAGCCAUUUUGCCACAACUUUGGAAGUAUACUUGUGGUCAUUGUCCAUUUGGAAGACCCAUUUGCGACCAAGCUUUAACUUCCUGACUGAUGUCUUGAGAUGUUGCUUCAAUAUAUCCACAUAAUUUUCCUUCCUCAUGGUGCCAUCUAUUUUGUGAAGUGCACCAGUCCCACCUGCAGCAAAGCACUCCCACAGCAUGAUGCUGCCACCCCCGUGCUUCACGGUCGGGAUGGUGUUCUUCGGCUUGCAAGUACCCCCCCUUUUUCCUCCAAACAUAACAAUGGUCAUUAUGGCCAAACAGUUCUAUUUCUGUUUCAUCAGACCAGAGGACAUUUCUCCAAAAAGUACGAUCUUUGUCCCCAUGUGCAGUUGCAAACCGUAGUCGGGCUUUUUAAUGGCGGUUUUGGAGCAGUGGCUUCUUCCUUGCUGAGCGGCCUUUCAGGUUAUGUCGAUAUAGGACUCGUUUAACUGUGGAUAUAGAUACUUUUGUACCUGUUUCCUGCAGCAUCUUCACAAGGUCCUUUGCUGUUGUUCUGGGAUUGAUUUGCACUUUUCGCACCUAAGUACGUUCAUCUCUAGGAGACAGAACGCGUCUCCUUCCUGAGUGGUAUGACAGCUGCGUGGUCCCAUGGUGUGUUUACUUGCGUACUAUUGUUGAACGUGGUACCUUCAGGUUGUUUGGAAAUUGCUCCCAAGGAUGAACCAGACUUGUGGAGGUCUACAAUUUUGUUUCUGAGGUCUUGGCUGAUUUCUUUUGAUUUUCCCAUGAUGUCAAGCAAAGAGGCACUGAGUUUGAAGGUAGGCCUUGAAAUACAUCCACGGGUACACCUCCAAUUGACUCAAAUGAUGUCAAUUAGCCUAUCAGAAGCUUCUAAAGUCAUGACAUCAUUUUCUGGAAUUUUCCAAGCUGUUUAAAGGCACAGGCAACUUUUUUUUUCUUUUUUUUUUUUUUCUUUUUUUCACAAAAUAGGCACAGUCAACUUAGUGUAUGUAAACUUCUGGCCCACUGGAAUUGUGAUACAGUGAAUUAUAAGUGAAAUAAUCUGUCUGUAAACAAUUGAUGGAAAAUUUACUUGUGUCAUGCACAAAGUAGAUGUCCUAACUGACUUGCCAAAACUAUAGUUUGUUAACAAGAAAUUUGCGGAGUGGUUGAAAAACGAGUUUUAAUUACUCCAACCUAAGUGUAUGUAAACUUCCGACUUCAACUGUAAGUAUGAUUGUACCUGUCCUGUAUAUUCUAACUCUUUGUCUCUGUAGGGCCGAUGGGUCGUGGCGGGUUCGGAGGCGGUAGAGGUGGUGGUGGUUUCUCUGGCGACAACGGUGGCCGUGGCAAUGGAGGACAGCAGAGAGCUGGAGACUGGAAGUGUUCCAACCCGUAAGUCAGGGAGGAGGUGUAUAUUUUGGGGGUGAGGAUUGGGGUGAGCCGCUAGUUAUUAUGGUGUGUCUGAGAUUCUCUGUCUCUUUCCUUUCAGGGUGUGUGGGAACAUGAACUUUUCGUGGAGGAACGAGUGUAACCAGUGCAAAUCCCCCAAACCAGAGGGGGCCGACGGUGGCAUGUCUCCUAUGGAUGGAGGCAGUAAGUCUGAAACCAAUGUUCUGCUUUUAGACUUCAGCCUAAUGUUUUAGUCUAGCAUUUUAGCCUAGUUUUUUAGCUCAGUGGCUGACUACUGCUCAGAGGCAGCUUUGUUGCUAACUCGACUGAUACACGCUCACACAAAGGGAGCAGCCUAAUGGCUACAGGAAGUCUGUGUACAGAUAAUUAUUAGCUUAUGUGCUAACAAAGACUAAUGGGUGAGGUGGAGACUGCCUUUUAUACUAGGCUGUUAGCCUAGUGGCCAAGGGCACAAUGAAACUGGAUGCAGCCCGUAGCUCUAUGUUAACUUGUUUUAAUGACAUUUCCUCCUUUUUUUUCUGUCCCUCUCUGUAUCUCUCUCUGUAUUUCUGUCUGUCAGGAGGUUUCGGUGGAGACAGAGGGGGUCGUGGGGGUUUUGACCGCGGGGGAUUCCGGGGCCGAGGGGGUGACAGAGGUGGGUUCCGAGGCGGACCCGGAGGCGACCGGGGUGGAUUCGGACCGGGCAAGAUGGAUGGA